GGGACCGAACUUCACACCCCCCGAGCACAAGGGGGUUCAAUAUUGGUGCUGCGGUGAUCAGCGGUGUGUAUUUCAGCCCAAGCCCCAUUGUGAUGCAUUCAAGUCGCGUGUAGGCUGAGGACAACCGGGCUCUGGAAAGGCUUGACCUCGUCCAACCGUGUAACGAUCCACUGGCAUGUUCACUCCAUGUGCACUCACAUCCGGGCUGUCUUGUGUUUCGGGUACAUCUCGGCUCGCACAAUGCCCAUUGCCCGGGCCCAAGAAACCUGCUGUGGCUUCGAGUCUGCUCAAGCCAGCAUUCAAGCAAGACAUCAUCUAUUGUGCACCUGCACUGCCACGGUGUGCCAACGGCAACUACCUAGCGGGAUCACCCAAUGCAGUUCAAACAGCCAUUCUGAUGGUUCCUCUACGUCUGCAACAAGAUACCUACAUAUUUACAGCCUGUCAGAUGUAACGCCGCUACACCACCUUUCCGUCUGCUAUGUAUGACGCAUCUCUAUUUGCCUUGAUAGUAAUUGUACAGCUGGUCAGGCGCUGGUAAGGCUCCUUUUUCAUUCUACAGCAGACGACGAUGAAUUCU